UGCUUCUCCUCUGCUGUGUGAAUACAGUGUGUGUGUGUGUGUGUGUGUGUGUAAACGCCGCUCUGAAGGACUGUCCUGCCGGGGAAAAUGAAACUCAUCAUUCUUGAUGACUAUGACAAGGCCAGUGAAUGGGCAGCAAAAUACAUUCGGAACAAGAUCAUUCAGUUUAACCCUGGACCAGAGCGGUUCUUCACCUUAGGACUGCCUACGGGAGGAACCCCACUUGGAUGUUAUAAGAAAUUAAUAGAAUACUUCAAGAAUGGAGAGAUUUCCUUUAAAUACAUUAAAACUUUCAACAUGGAUGAAUAUGUCGGAAUUCCAAGAGAUCACCCAGAGAGCUACCAUUCCUUCAUGUGGAAUAACUUCUUCAAGCACAUCGACAUCCGGGCUGAGAACGCACACAUCCUGGACGGCAAUGCUGCCGACCUGCAAGUGGAGUGUGACACUUUUGAGGAGAAGAUCAGAGCUGCAGGAGGAAUCCAGCUCUUUGUUGGAGGAAUUGGACCGGAUGGACACAUAGCUUUCAACGAACCUGGCUCAAGUCUUUCCUCCCGCACCAGAGUUAAGACAUUGGCUCUGGACACCAUCCUGGCCAAUGCUCGUUUUUUUGAUGGUGACCUGUUGAAGGUACCCACGAUGGCCCUGACCGUGGGUGUGGGAACUGUCAUGGAUGCCAAAGAGGUGAUGGUCCUAAUAACAGGGGCACACAAGGCUUUCGCCCUCUACAAGGCCAUCGAAGAGGGCGUCAACCACAUGUGGACGGUGUCGGCCUUCCAGCAGCACCCGCAGACGCUCUUCGUGUGUGACGAAGACGCCACCCUAGAGCUGCGUGUCAAAACAGUCAAGUACUUCAAAGGUAUGAUGCAUGUCCACAACGAACUGGUGAAGCCCUUGACCCCAUCGCAGAAGGGGAAGGCAAAAGUGGUGGAGAAGUCAGAGAAUCCAUACAGUGACUGAGACACCAAGAAAUGCACUCAUGAAGAGAAUGAGUUCAUGGUUAUCUGAGAUGUUUGCAAUAUUUUACUCCAGAUCACAGUUCAGGUUCAAUGAUUAGACUAAAUACGCAGAUUCAGGAUUUCUCUACCUACUCGGUAAUGGUUUUUAUGUGCACAAUCAAUUGCUUUAAGACAAAAGACCUUUUGAAAUUUUGUAUUAAGCUAUAAAAUAAAAUGUUUGAUCUUA